CAUAACGCACCCCAAACAUAUGGGGGUUUAAUGUGCUGUGCACAAGUCUCCCCUAACCUUACUUUUUGCAGUAAGUUUAUUUGGAUAAUUCAAAAAGAAAUUUGUAUAUGAAACCCAGUUCUUUUACUGCUAUAAUCCAUUAAACCAUGAGUGCAUUUAAGCGUCUAACCCCUUAUGUACGAAAGUUAGGCAUUCAAAACCAGUUUAGACAUUGCAGUGGGAGCACUCUUGAACCUGAAUAUUUGGAAGCAAUGAAAUCGAAAGUGCCACUCUAUGACACCCUAAACAUCCAAUUAAGGGGGUACGACUACCCCAUUUUGGAAAACUAUCAAAAAUACUUGCAUCGCAUCAUAAAAGACAUGGAUAUUAACGUGGAAGAGUGUUGGGGCAGCCCCGCUCAGGACCUACAGAUAUCCACCUACAAACCUUUAAGCGAAAUCAUAAAUUCCCAGUAUAAAUUACACUUAUAUGACCGUACCGUACAAAUUACCGACGUAUCAACCAUACAAAUACCAAUUUUGUUUAGAGUAAUUGAAGCGACCACACCUUUAGGCGUGACGGUUCAUGUAGUGCCCCAUGCCGACCAUUAUGAAGAGGAUCGGUACGUGCCGGACCAUGAACUCGAGAAGUUAAAAGAGGAAUUAGAAGAGAUGGGAGGACCUUCCAAGAAAAAGUAAAGGGUGGAGAGCAGUGGGCUUUAAUUGUAAAUAACUUAUUUAGGUUAAAAAAAUAAAAAUUUCCUUUCUAGUUUGA